CCAGAAAGGGACGAAGUCAGGCAUUUUGAAGAAGGGUACAGAUCUGACUGUGUCGAGGACAGCACUUGCGAUGAAGAGUACAGAUCCGGUGAAGACUGUGUCGAGGACAGCACUUGCGAUGAAGAGUACAGAUCCGAAAGGGACGAAGUCAGGCAUUUUGAAGAAGGGUACAGAUCUGACUGUGUCGAGGACAGCACUUGCGAUGAAGAGUACAGAUCCGAAAGGGGCGAAGUCAGGCAUUUUGAAGAAGGGUACAGAUCUGAAAGGAACAAAGUCAGUAAUUUUGAAGACGGAUACAGAUCUGGGACCUACAAGGACUUACCCCGGGACCAGUGGGAUGGCAGAAACUACGGAAUUGGUUGACUCAGACAUUUCGGUGAAGUUCAUAGCUUCGACUAUGCUGCAUCCUCUCAGACCUGAAAUGUCUCAUACUCAAUUUAAGACAGAGUCGAGGUUAGGCCUUGACAGAAAGACUUUAACUCAGACAGAGUCGAGGUUAGGCAUUGACAGAAAGACUUUAACUCAGACUGGGUCGAGGUUCGGGCUUGACAGCAAGAGUUUAACUCAUACUGGGUCGAGGUUCGGGCUUGACACUAAGAGUUUAAGUCAGCUACCUGAAUACAGAAACAUUUCAACACUGUACUUAGAUAUAGUCGAGGAGGAGAAUGACUGUCUCAGGAUUGUGAACUCUUUUUUCAGCAGAGAACUGAAGAUUUUUGGUAUCACCGAGAUAAUGAUUGGAAUCACUCAGGUGGUGUUCAGUAUUUCCCUGAAUUUCACUGAAAGUUACAUCUUUGCUGUUUUAAUCGGGAUUCCCUGGUGGACAGGAGUUUUGUUUAUCAUAGCAGGAUCACUGGUGGUGGACAUUAUAAACACCGCGAAUAUCCACCUCAAACAAGCAAUAAUAGUGAUGCACAUAGUCAGCUGUAUCGCAGCUAUUGUCGGUACAGGAGUUUACUUUGUCACACUCAACUUGAUGGAACCACUAACCUCAAGCUUUUACUUUUUGGGGCCAUUGAUGCUGGUAUUCUUCCUCUUGCUGCUGUGUUUCCUGGAAUGUAUCAUUGCCUUUUUCGUUUUAUUCCUUCACUGUUCAGUCCUCGCUCAGAGUGUGCAUGCCAGGAAAUCCCAAUUGCAUUUCCGAAGUCCACGUUGAAUGUUGCUACUGGAAGAUCCUGGAAAGACCAGUUUGCCGUUUGGAAUUGCAGAUGGAAACAGCAGCUCCCUCUUGAAGCCAAGGUGGCUCUUUGGUUUGGGACAUCCUUCAUUCCCUCCAGAAAUGUCGCCAGCUGAUCAUGUUCCAUUUUAGUCCAAAGGUUCCUCUUCUGUUGAAGCGAUUGAAGUUGGGAUUGCACAGGGAAAGAAGAGGUUAAAAAGCAAAUAGGCCACAUGACUAUCUUAGUCACAGGGGUCAAGGCUGAUCUCUCUCAGCACUGAUCACCGUUGACCUCUUCAUGUUGUCAAGAUGAACCUCAGCUGUAAAGCUGGCCAAGAGGAUUGGAUUGCUGAAAAUGCCCCUUUAUUAAUCGGGCCAUCCUUCAGUGCCUCAAAUUGUUUCCAAAAACCUCCCUGAUAUGUUUCUACAUGUCAGGUAACGUCUGCAAGUGAUUGUCUGAUGUUAUCGUGGUUCUGUACAGUAACAUCACACACUUCGAGUUCAGGAAGGGCACAUUUGGCCAUCUUUGAGCUUGUUGAAGUGUUGUUGAAUUUGUCCCACACUUUUAAUCUUGCAGAGGUUUCAUACAUUGACCUGAUUUCUUUUGAUGAGGUCCCAUUGCAUGAGUUUCCAUUUCCCUUUCAGUGAGUGUGUCUCAGAACACAGCAACCCGCAGCGUGAAGAAGAAUGCUGUCAAGUUGGCUUUGGUUAAUUCACCAAUUACCUUCAAUGAGGGUUGUCUUGUUUCACAUCUGUAGUCACUGAAAGCAGGCCCUUCCCAUUUACCUUGUUAAAUAUUUGCUGAUUUUUAAUAGCUCUGUUAAAAGUCUCCUCACCCUUCUCUGCUCUUCGCAAGUCUCACCACUGAAAGUUUAGGUUACCAA